AUGCCUCUCUGCCGGGUUGCUUUUUCUUCUCCUUUUCUUUCUGUGUUUUAUCUUCUUGUUCUUCAAACAGUCGUGGUUUCUGGGUCAAGUACAGAGCACUUUGAACGUUCUACAAAUCGCCCUCCUGUGGAUAAGUCACUACUCGGAAUCCAGAUUGGCAGCAUUGCCGGUGCCUACUUGAUCUUUGUCGCAACCCUCCUCGCUCUGCUACUGUUUGUCGGACGCAGAAUUCGUCGGACGGUUCAGUCAUCCAACUACUCCCUGCAGAUGGAAAUGCUGCAGCCAGCGAAGAGCAUAGAUCCCAGCCCUAUUUCUCCAAUGUCGCAGAAUAUUCCCAGCCCAACAGCUGGUGGUUUCACCUCUUCGUGGGGCAGUAUUCCUCGAGGAGGUCGACCUUCGCAGACCUCUGUCAACGGUAGUAUGGUCACUAUCGACGAAUCGGUCGUAGCCUUAGACCGCCAGCGAGCUCAGGACCAAAUGGAAAUGCUGUAUGCAGCAGUCAUGGAACAUGAUGCUCAAAAGGCCUCGGGAGUAAAUAUCUCCUCAAGGGACGCGGAUUCUCAGGCCAACUCCCCUGACAGCCAAUAUACAAACCCUUUUACCGAUCGACAUGCAUCGCAGUCUAUGGAGCCUUCGUACAGAGAGCCAUUGAAGUCUCCAAAGUCGAACGGCUCUCGUCUUUCCAAGCUCUUCAGCUCCAAAUCAAACUCAAACCCGGACGGGGGUAAGCUACGCUCUCCGCGAUUCCCCGUUCGCAAAUUGGGCAUUUCAUCCCCACUUGCCUCGCCAGAUCUGCAUGCAUCUCGGUCCUAUGCUCAAGAUCAAGCACCCCUGUCUCCUCGGUUUUACAACCCAGGGCCACCUCCAACAGCUCCUCGCGCAGGGCCCGCUGUUGCACAGCUCGUACCUCCUCCUACUACCCGCACCCGAGCACCACCAACACCCCUAAAUCUCUCUACUGCUGGCCAGCCUCCUUCCAAUCUGCCAUUCCGUGAUGCAUACCCACUGCAGAGCGCACCGGCAACGAAGACCACCAUUUUGGAGCGUCCAACGAAGAAUCGUAACGGGCCUGUCACUGGCAUGCCCACUCCUUACAGUGCUUAUAUGCCGUUCACGCCGGUAACCCCAUUCACGCCUGGACGAAUGGUGACCAAGCGCGAGCGCAGGCGCGAGGAGCGCGAGAACGGCCUCCGAGUUUUGAAUGAAGAUGAUUUGGUGAAGGAUGACAAUGACGUGUGGGGAUGA